AUGUCCAGAUUGCGCCACAAUCCGUACCCACACGGUUUGUCGUACAACCCAUAUGCUGGCAGCAGAAUUCCUGCUUCCCUCCCAUCGUCGUCUGGAGAUGAGUCGUCCAGUGGUGACGACGAGGACCUCGAGGAUCAAGAUGUCGCUCUUGAUGUGGACCUUUUUGGCUAUGACGAUGCAACCGAUUAUAUGGAUGAAAUGCUUUUCACAGCAAUUUUCGAACGUCUCCGACGGAGGCAUCGACGUGAGAGGGCGAUGGAUCCACCAAUGGCUGUUCCAUGGCAUGUUCCAACUCAACGGACCACAAGAACAACCCAAAGGACAACUGGAACAGCUACAGCCAAUGGGAGAGUGGAUAAUGAUGAUGAUGAUCCAGUAUUUGGGAUUCAAGCGAUUCGAGAUAUGAUUCAAGUAUCCGAACCAGAAGACGACGGAGAACCAGUGCCGUCAGCAGACAACGUCGCCCGUUGGCUGGGAUCUCAUUUGGACCAAGAAAUGGGAGAAAUGGAGAUCGAAGAAGGUCAACCACCAGUUGUACCAGAGCCAGCCGAGGGUACACCAGCUGAGCCUGCUCCAGGAGGUGCUCCAGAGGAUGACGAUGACAUGCCAUUCGAAGACUACUAUCCACCGGUGAACUUCUCUGCAACAUUCUAUCUAUUCGUCUUGCUUUUAUUCAUUUUCCCAGUUUAUCAAAUUGUUCAACAUCCCAAAGAACCCCCAGUCUACCAUAGAAAACUGUAUAUUUUCCCACAGGGACACCGUCCAUGGACCAUGCCUCAGCUAAUUGCUUUUAAUAUCAAUAUUGUGUUCUUCUUCAUCUUCCUACCCGAAACUCUCAUUGCUCAUAUGAUUUUGCAGUGGUAG